CUGAAACUAUUAUUGAUGUGGAUGGCACUAUUUUAACGUGUGCCCAUGUUGUGGCUGAUUUUCAGAGCAUGCGCCCUUCUUCUAAGGCGAAGGUGGUCCUCUUGUUAAUGUUGGCGGAGAAAUUGUUGGCAUCAAUAUAAUGAAAGUCAUAAUAGCAGAUGGGUUGAGUUUUGCGGUACCUAUUGACUCGGUUAUCAAAAUCAUAGAGCACUUCAAGAAGAGUGGGUAUAUUCUGAUUUUCUGUGUGGAACUAUUUAGGUGCCUAGAUACAAAUGCAUUGCAUACAUAUAUGAUAUGAUAUUCAGAGCAUUUUUGGUUGAUGGAAUGGUUAUUCCUUGGUCAAAAUAUAAAAUAAGGUAAAUUAGAUGGAGAGCGUAGCAAAUUAGGAAUGCCAAUUCCAUGCUUUUACAACUCUUCUUCAAGUAAGUUGGAAGGAGGAAGAAAUGGCUAAUCAUGUCUCCCCCAAGGUUUCAUCUAUUUCUUCUUCACACUCCUUAGAAGAAAAAAUUGGUGCAAGCAUGGAAUAGCUGCUCCUAAUGUGUUGUCCUCUCUAUCUAAUUUACCUUACUGAAGGAAGAUAACUAUUUUGAUGAACAUUUUGAAAAUUUAUUACCUUUAAGAACAUAUUUGAAAAUUAUGUUGUGAUGGUGGGUUGUUUAGGGGUGAUGGUGAAACUUGAAGGUCUUAAAUCAGCUAGCAUAUUGAGAUAUAAAAUUGUUAAUAUUGAAAAAUUUACACGUAUUCGAAGGUUUUUAUUUACCAUCAGAUCAUCCAUAAAGUGAGAUGUCAAACCACAGAAGGCCAUGUUGUAGAGGAGAGUCGUUCGGCCUUGGCUUGGAUUUAAAAUGCUUGAUCUUAAUGACAUGAUCAUUGCUCAACUUAAAGAGAGAGAUGUCACAUUUUCUAAUGUCAAAAAAGGUGUCCUCGUAGCUAUGGUAUGUUUUCUUCCCAUUUUGUUGUGUUUCUGACUUUCUGUAUAUGCCAGCUAUAUGGUAUUAAUGAUCUUGUUCCUGACCAUUUCAAUAUAUACAGGAGUCUUUGUGCCUUGUCACUUUUUGUAUUAACUUGCUCCAAAUAAUGUCCAGGUGACUUCUGGAUCUCCUGCUGAUCGUGCUGGAUUCCACCCUGGUGAUGCUGUCAUUGAAUUUGAUGGAAAGCCAGUUGAAUCUGUCAAGAAGAUCAUUGGGAUGAUGAGCGACAGAAUUGGAAAAGCGAUAAAGGUGGUUGUGAAAAGAGCAAAUCAUGAAAUGGCCAUUUUGACAGUAAUUCCAGAGGAAGCCAAUCCAGAUAUGUGAGAUACUACAGUUCUGUUGUUUCAGGUUUUCUGUUGAUGUGUAUCAUAUUUAUUGCUUAUAUUAUAUUUCCAUAUUUCUGAAUCUUUGAUUUUUCAGAUCUACAUUAAUGAUGAAUAAAAUCUCCAAGAAGAACCAUUGUAAAUUAUAAACCAAACAAAACCAGUUGGACUAAAAACCUAAAACCACAAAAUUUUAAGGUUUUUGCUUUAUCAUUAGAUCAAGGCUUUCUGUCAUGUCAAGUAGCUAACCCUUUAAUGUAUUAAAAAAAUUAAAUAAGG